AUGAGUAAUUUAUCAGUAUCAGAUAAUUCAACAUUGGCUCAACAUGAAAUCGAAGAUAUUUGGCAUAAUAUCAAUAGAUCAUCAUCAGAUCGUAUUACUUAUUGGAUAUCAAUUGCAAGUUUUAUAUUUGCUAUAUUUGGUUCAAUAAGUAAUUUAAUGUCGGUUAUUAUUUUACGUCGUUUAAGUGCUCAAUUAUCAACAUUUGUUUAUUUAACUGGUUUAUCUUUAUCAGAUAUGAUUACAUGCAUAUCAAUAGUGAUGACAUAUAUGAUUGAAUUUAUUGUUGGAACUCGUCGAAAUACAUCAAUAACAAUAUUUCUUCGAUAUGUCGAGAUUAUUUUUGGUGGAUUAGCUGCUGGUAGUCGUGCGUUAUCAUUAUGGAUAUCAACAGCAGUGACAAUGGAUCGUUGGGUAUUAAUUUGUUAUCCAAUGUAUGGUAAAACAUUUUGUACAUUAAAUCGAGCAAAAUUUAUUUCACGAACAUUGUUUAUCAUAGCAUUUCUUUAUUCAAUUCCAUUGUUUUUUGAAUAUGAAAUAGUUCAAAUGCCACAUGUUUAUCAGACAAUUGAUUUUGAUAAUGAAUCUUUCUCACUAUUCGAUGAAAAUAUUCAAAGUAAAAGUAUACUUGUUGCGAAAGGUUAUAGUGAUUUAGCUAAACGAAGAAUUUAUCGUUGGGCUUAUAUGUUUUUUAAUGCAGUAUUUGUUUAUAUAUUAUCAACGUUAACAAUUGUUUUUUUUAAUUUACAAUUAAUUCGAGCUUUACAUCGUGUUAAAUCUCGUACAAAACUUUUAAAAAAACAUCAUAAAAAUGGAAAACAUCAUAAUCGUCAUCAACGUUCUUUUCAAGCAAAAUAUUCUGUAACAAUUAUUGUUAUUGUUCUGGUAUUAACAUUACUUAUAUGUCGAAGUCCAACAAUUGUUAUUUGGAUUUUAUGGUCAUUUGAAUUAACAAUUAAAGCUUUUUUUGAUUCCUCAUCAAGUGCCCUUGUACGACGUUUUCAUAAUAUAGCAAAUUUAAUUGCAAUUAUAAAUGCAGCAACAAAUUUUUUACCAUUUUAUGUAUUUGGACAAUUAUUUCGUACUGAAUGUUUAAAUAUUUAUUGUUGUCGAAAAGUAACAAAUGAACAAAUAUUACCACCAACAAGACAAAAAUCCGAUGAAAAUUUUCAAUGUACAAUAAAUAAUGAAAAAAUUAAAAAACAUGAUAAAAUUCAACAACGAAAACUAAUUCAAAAUGAUAAUUUACAAAAUACUUUUCCAUUAAGUUCUGAAACAACAUCUUCACCAAUGCAUUCAGCAUCAGUUAAUUCUUCAACACAUGUUAUUAGAUUAUGUGAUUCACCAUUUCAUUUUCCUAAUUAUGGACAACAUAUUCCGAAAAUAUCAUCAGUUACAACAUCAUUAGUAAAAGAAACGACUGAUCUUUGA